UGCAACGCUCCGGAAAUCGACGCUAGCCUCGGUACAUGGAUAAGAAAGAAAAGAAAAAAAGGGGGUGGGGAAGAGACUCACAAAAGGAGGACAAGGAAAUGAAUAACCAAGUAUUCCCGUGAUCCUGGGGAAGAAAAGACAGGUGGAGGGAGUGUGUUGAAGACAGAACAAGGAGUUAUUCAUCUAGCUAAUGAUUUUACAUGAAUUGCAAGCUGGUAUCUAGUGGGGACUCUGUGGGAGGAUGAACACGGAGGAGGUGGAGCUACUGAGUGACUCCAAAUAUAGAAACUAUGUAGCAGCAGUUGACAAAGCACUGAAGAACUUUGAAUACUCCAGUGAAUGGGCAGAUUUGAUAUCAGCGCUUGGAAAGCUAAACAAGGUUUUACAAAACAAUGCAAAGUACCAAGUAGUACCUAAAAAGUUGACAAUAGGCAAGCGUCUAGCGCAAUGCCUUCAUCCAGCCUUGCCAGGUGGGGUUCAUCGGAAGGCACUUGAAACAUAUGAGAUUAUCUUCAAAAUCAUUGGACCCAAGCGUCUGGCUAAAGAUCUUUUCCUGUACAGUUCAGGGUUAUUUCCUCUUCUUGCCAAUGCUGCUAUGUCUGUCAAACCGGCAUUACUCAGCCUUUAUGAGAUUUAUUACCUUCCUUUGGGAAAAACAUUAAAACCUGGUCUGCAAGGAUUACUAACUGGGAUUCUGCCUGGUUUAGAGGAGGGAUCAGAGUAUUAUGAGAGAGCCAACACAUUGUUGGAGAAGGUUGCUGGUGCAGUUGACCAAUCAGCAUUCUACAGUGCCCUUUGGGGUAGUCUUCUUACCAGUCCUGCGGUUCGGUUACCUGGAAUCACAUACGUCCUUUCCCAUCUAAACAGGAAGCUUUCAAUGGAAGAUCAGCUCUAUAUAAUUGGCAGUGACAUUGAGUUAAUGGUGGAAGCGGUAAGCACAUCAGUGCAAGAUUCCAGUGUGUUAGUACAAAGGAGCACAUUAGACCUUAUACUCUUCUGCUUUCCAUUCCAUAUGAGUCAGGCAACGCGCCCAGACAUGAUCAGAAUUUUGUCAGCAGCCCUUCAUGUAGUACUACGCAGAGAUAUGUCUCUCAACCGAAGGCUUUAUGCAUGGCUCCUAGGUUUUGAUAAUAAUGGUGCUAUUGUAGGACCUAGAAGCACAAGACAGAACAAUCCUGAGGAACAUGCCACUUACUAUUUCAAUACCUUUUCUAAGGAAAUGUUGGUCCAGGCAAUGGUGGGAAUCUUACAAGUUAAUGGACAUGGAGAAGAGAGCACAAUGAUGCAGGAUCUAAAGCCUUUUCGGAUUCUUAUUAGUUUACUGGACAAACCUGAACUGGGUUGUCAUUGCAGCUAUUUCUCAUGGUCACUUUAGGACCUGUAAUCUUAGAAGAUGUAUUGAUUGAAGUAUUUAGAACAUUA